ACUGUUGCCUAUUCUUUUGUUGCAGAAGAGUCUUCAGUAUCAACACCUACUGAGCCUUUUGGUCACAUCAUUUUAAGGGAGAAGCUGUCUACAACAUAUCACCAAGAAAAUGACUGUAAUCUCAUUGGGCCCCCAGAUGAGAUCUCAACAAAUGGAUCUAAUUCACUGUAUUUUUCAUGUGCUGAAUCCUCUGCUACUUCAUUAACAACUGUUAUGGAAUCACAGGUCUCUGUAAUAUCAGAUCAUAGAGAAAGCUCAUUAGAAAAAUGUGAGUCUAAAGUGCAAGAGGGCAAUCAAUCCUUGUCACUUUCAACUUGCUCUGGAACUCAAGUCCAAGCUGAGCCAGAAAUGCCAUCCAACCUAGCCAGGUUUCCAUUGGACAAGCAUGCUGACAUUGUUCUGCAGUCUGUUCAGGAGAACCAUUCAUAUGCUGUGGACAAAUCCAUUGCAAUAAAUAGGACGGAAGAAAGACAGACAUUGCAAGAAGAGAAACCUGCUUUUGUGAGCAAUUCUGGAAUAAGUAGUGAACUUUUUAUUGACUCACUAUUCAUUAAACAUUUAGAAGAAGAGAUUCACAGUGUAGAGAAGAAAAGGGACUUAAUUGUACAGCACUGUGAAAGCAUUUUGUCCAUUGAUGAUAAACAAGAUGAAAUGCAUACAGGACAUUUGAAUUCCAAGCAGGCCCGGGCUGAUACUGAAGCCACUAGCAUGGAGGAAAUAACACCUGUAGUGUCCUCUGUUAGUGAAGUAGGUGCAUAUCCCCCAUUACAGUCAGCAGCUUCCUCGAAAGUCAUCUCUGAAGGAUCAGAGCAUUCAUACGCUUUAGCCCAGUUGCAGGAAGAUGCAACUAGCCCUACACAACUGACACCUCUGCUUGGUUCAUGUGGCAAGUGUAGUCCACUGGAUGUUAAAUCCAAAGAGGACCCGAGCAAUAAUUCAAAGACUUUGAGCCCACCCUCUACACCACCUGUAGGUGGACCUUCUUUGGAUGAGCUUCCCAGGUUUACUAGCCAAAGGCCUUCCAAUCUACCUUCUGCCACAGGAACGAGAACUCCCUUAACCAACUGGAAUCCAUCAUCUCCAGCCACUCAAAGGUAG